UUCCUGGUGACGGUCCCGUCUCCCCCAGUUCUGUGCCAACGACCCGGAGGUGUUUGUCCAGGCGGCGCUCCUGGCGCAGGACUACUGUGAUGCCAUCGACCUGAACCUGGGCUGCCCCCAGAUGAUAGCCAAGCGGGGUCACUACGGCGCCUUCCUGCAGGAGGAGUGGGACCUGCUCCAGAGAAUGAUUCAGCGGGCCCACGAGCAGCUCUCUGUCCCGGUCACGUGCAAGAUCCGGGUCUUCCCAGAGAUUGACAAGACCGUGAGGUACGCCCAGAUGCUGGAGAAGGCCGGCUGCCAGCUGCUGACGGUGCACGGCCGCACCAAGGAGCAGAAGGGGCCUCUGUCCGGCGCCGCGUCCUGGGAGCACAUCAGGGCCGUGCGGAAGGCCGUGGCCAUCCCUGUGUUUGCCAACGGGAACAUCCAGUGCCUGCAGGACGUGGAGCGCUGCCUGCGGGAUACGGGGGUGCAGGGGGUCAUGAGUGCAGAGGGCAACCUGCACAACCCCGCGCUGUUCGAGGGCCGCAGCCCCGCGGUGUGGGAGCUGGCUGAGGAGUACCUGGACCUGGUGCGCCAGCACCCCUGCCCGCUGUCCUGCGUCCGGGCCCACCUCUUCAAGCUGUGGCACCACACGCUGCAGGUGCACCAGCAGCUUCGCGAGGAGCUCGCCAAGGCGAAGACCCUGGAGGGCGUGGCCGCCGUGAGCCAGGAGCUGAAGCUGCGGUGUCAGGAGGACAUGUCGCGGCAGGAGGGGGAGGAGCCCUCGGGCGGCCUGCCUUUCUUCCACUGGAUCUGCCAGCCCUACUUCCGGCCGGGGCCCAAGGAGGGGAGCAAGGAGAACACAGGCGCCCGCAGUAAGCGGGCCCUGGAGGAGGAGGAGGGCGGCGCAGACGUCCUGUCCAAGAACAAGCAGAAGAAGCAGCUGAGGAACCCCCACAAGACCUUCGACCCCUCGCUCAAGCCAAAAUACGCAAAGUGCGACCAGUGUGGGAACCCCAAGGGCAACAGGUGUGUGUUUAACCUGUGCCGGGGCUGCUGCAAGAAGCGAGCUUUCAAAGAGACUGCGGACUGCCCAGGUCACGGAUUGCUUUUUAAAACCAAACUGGAGAAAUCGCUGGCCUGGAAGGGGGCCCAGCCCCAGCUGCAGGAGCCCCCGCAGGCGGGACCCGGGGACCCAGGCGGCUUCCCCGAGGUCCUGGGCAGUGCCCUGGCCUGAAGGCCGCCGCCCGCCCCUCCGGGCUCAGGACUGUGAAGCCCCCCACCCCUAAGGAGACGCCUUCACUCAGGGAACCUCCUGCUCCUCCACACCCUCGGCCACACCGGACUGAGCGCGGCCCCGGCGAGUGUUCCCAGGCUGGACCUGCUCUGAUCUUCGCGCCGGUGUGCCCUAACGUGAACAAUAAACCCUCAGAGACGUG